AUGCUGACAGCUGUGUGGGGCACUCCAGCAGCGGAAAUCCUGGCUCCUCCAGACGGGCAGCCAACAGUGCUGACAGCAGUGCGGGGCACUCAGACAACAGCAACACCACCCAUGGGAAUGCUGGCAGUGACAAUGCUGACAGCAGAAAUGCUGGCUCCUCUAGAUGUGCAGCCAGCAGGGGCUGGGCACUCCAGUCGUGGCAACGCUGGUAAUGGCAACGCUGGCAGCAGAAACAGAUGCCAAGCACCCUGUACACAUUGCGAGCUGCUUGUUCUUCAUUUAUUUGUAGGCACGGAGUGGUAUGGAAUCUCCAAGCGUUCCUUUUCCAUCAUCCUCACCCACGCUGCCUUUUCAGUGGGGCUGAUGGUUCUGGCUGGCAUGGCAUACGCUGUUCGAGAGUGGAGGACACUGCAACUUGGGCUGUCUGUUCCGUUAGCACUCACUGGCAUUUUCUUCUGCAUUCUUCCUGAAUCAGCCCGCUGGCUUCUGACCCAAGGAAAGCAGGAGGAAGCGAAGAAGCUGAUCCUAAAAGCUGUGAAUAAACGCACAGUGCCAGAGACCCUGCUUCACCAGAUGGAAGGUGAGAAGUCAGGCAAGACCGGAAGUGUAUUGGAUCUGUUCAGAAUACCCCGUCUGAGGAGAAUCACACUAAUCAUGUCCUAUAUCUGGUAUGAGCUAACUUACUGUAUAUGA